AGCUUUGGCUUGAUCCCAUGGCUCUCUCCGUGCCUGUGGCCCCUGCGGCCGCUCCGGCGCCUGCGGCGGUCCUCGCCUUCCAGCGGAGGUCUGCGCCGCGGCGGGCCUCGUCGGCUUCCGUGGGGAUCCUUCCAGGUAUGACCUUUCUGGGUGGCCUGGCUGGAGCCUUUGGCCGCAGAUCCAACUCCACGCGCUUGCACGCGAAGGCUGGGUGGCCGCAAAGUUCCGUGUCAAGCAACGACCCCACGCAGCUCUUGCGCGAGGUCCGCUGGCCGGAGGAAUGGCCUUACUCAGAGGAGGAUUUCAGACGACAAGAUGAGACUUCAGACACGGGCUUCUACUCUCAGCCCAGAAUUUGCACACAUGUUGAUGACAACUUUAUUGCCACGCUUACAAAGCACUAUGAGGAGGUGUUCGCUCAAUAUCCAAAUGCUCCUUGAUCUGUGCUCAAGCUGGAUAAGCCACUACCCUGCUGAGAAGACUUGGUCGCAUGUCUCCAUCACUGGUAUGAAUGAAUACGAGUUGGAGCAGAACAAGCAGGCCGAUGACUACACAGUCAGAGACCUCAACACAGACCCAAAGCUGCCGUAUGAUGAUCAGUCCUUCGAUAUCGUCACCUGCACGGUGUCCUUUGACUACCUUUGUCGCCCGUUGGAGGUGAUGAAGGAGGUUGGCCGUGUGCUGAAGGUGGGUGGAAUGGUGCUUCUAUCCACGAGCAACCGCUGCUUUCCGAGCAAGGCAGUGAACAUCUGGCUGCAGACUGGCGACAUGGAGCAUGUGCUCAUCUACGGCAGCUACAUGCACUACGCGGGCUGCUUCGAUGCCCCAGAAGCGCUGGACCUCGGAGGGCCCUUGAGCCGCCUGGGCUUCGCGGACCCCGUCUACGUAAUCCGCGCGAAGAAGUCAUCCUGAUGCCCAUCCGAGUUGUGAGAGUUAGAUGAUGCCUGGCACAGGCAAAGCUUUCUGUGCCUGGCGCUUUUAACGGGAAGCCAAAAGGAAACCACCAUGUUGGGGGUCCCCUCAAGAACGAUACACUGUAUACCCAGUGAGACAGUUUUCGGCGAGCGCUCUGAGAAGUGCUGCCUUUUUCCAACUUCAGCAUAGACACGGUGGUCGAGGUGUUGCUUGUGGAAAGCAAGGG